GCGAGGUGUCCAGGUUCUGCGAGCUGCGCGGGCUUGGGUGGAGAGAUCACACCUCUUUCAGAAAAAAAUAAAUAAACCAAGCCAGCUACCAAGGUGAACCCAGAACGGUUCCCACCUUAAAAUCUGCCGUGCUCGUGACGUCAGGUCGGAAAUAUACCAAAGCCAGCGCGGGCCAGGAGUCCGGGGAGCGCGGCUGCAAGGCGAUUGGGCCACAAGCUGCUGACGCGCGCUGACGCGCGGAGACUUUAGGUGCAUGUUGGCAGCGGCAGCGCGAGCCACAUAAACAAAGGCACAUUGGCGGCCAGGGCCAGUCCGCCCGGCGGCUCGCGCUCUCCUCCUCGGUCCCCGCUCGCCCGCCUAGCCGGCCGCCUAGCCCUCUUCCUUUCCCGCUCGCGGUGUCUCUGCUCCCUCUGCCCCGCUCACCCGCCCCUCCCCGACCCCGCCACCCGGCUCCCAGAGGGAAUUGCACUUCGGCGGAGUUGAAUGAAUGAAGAGAGACCCGGAGAACUCCUAAGUGAGUAGGUGCAGCCCGUGAAGCUCGCGUUCUUUUAUCCUCCUUUCCUCUUUGCGUGUGUUUUCUUUCUACUCGUGUGGUACACGUUCUCUGAAAGUGGGAGCUAGAGGCGCGGAGGGCGAGCGGGGCCAGAGAGUGGGGAGAAUGGAUGCGCGUAGCUACUGAGAGUGCUCGUCAGAACUCAGGCUUUGGCACUAGGGGGGAGUUGGUUCCAAACAGAGGCUUCCCAGGCUCCUUACUGGUGGAAGUGGAAGGGGGACUUGCACGUUUCUGGGAGUUGCAGGCUAGCCCGCGGAAAUACGCGCAAAGUUUGCUCUUAAGAUGAAAUUGAUUGUGGUCCUUAAAUACGGAAAUUCCAAGUCGUGCGUAUACGAGGGGCCUGGACGGUGCCCGCAAAGUCACAGGGAAAGUUCUUCAGUUUAUGUGUUGCUUGGGAACAGUGUCACCGCGGCUGGCCAGCGUGCCCGUGUUUCCCGAGUGUUGUUGAUUAAAGGUGUUGUUGGUAGAGUGUUGUGCUACUAAGUUACCUGAAAUUUCUGAGUUUGACAUAUGCCGGAGAGAGAGAAAUACAGAGACAGAGGAUGUGUAGAGAGUACAGUUAUGAAGCUGCAAAGCUACCCGGGGAUUAAUAUUCUACACAGACAUCUCUCUGAACGAAUGUGAGGAUCCAGUUCCCUUUCUUUCAGCUAUUUUUUUCUGGUCACCUCCCCCCGCCCAUGAAGCAAGGUUUUUAAGAGGAUGGAAAAAAACAAAACAAAACAAAACAGGAGUGGAUAUUUGGCUUUCUUUUUCAUUAGUAAUAAGAUUAUCUAAAAAAAAAAAAUGCUCUAGAAUGCCUUCCAAGUGGGGACAUCUGAAAAUUACUAGAAUACAAGUAUUCCUUGUUCCAGCAAGUAGGCAGAUCAGGGAAGGCUGUACAGGGAAGUAGGAAAGGUAUUCAACUUACCAUACUGGGAAGCACUUUUAACAUUGAUGCCAGUACCAUGUAAGGAAUAUUUCCCUCGUUCAGCAGCUGGCUUAAGAUCCUCCUGGAAAAGUAGGGUCCCCUCUUUCUACUCCUUGGCCAUUAAAAAUAGUGUGAAAGACAGGGUUCCUGGAAAAGUGAACACCAGUUUACUUGUAUCCAUAGUGCUGAAGAGCAAUCCUAGUGCUCUGUCGAAAGCACUUAGGAAACCCAGAUGCUUCAACUGGAAUCAAAUGGUCUUUCCCUAUGUCCAGACCUAACACUCUAACCCUUGGUGGUUUUGUUUGUUUUCCCCCCUCAUUUUAUAUUCUUAACUUUUAACUUUCUUCCCCUCCUCCCAAAAGAAAAGCCAAUGUUACUGAAAAAAAAAAAAAAGAAAUUUUUUUUCAAGAGAAGUUUCCAAUGCUUCAUUUGAUUAAAGUCCAGACUUCUGAUUCAGGCCUGUUAAACUAAAAUGGAAACAUGUCCUCCACAGCUUCAUUACACCAUAAGUGUUAAGUAUAACUACAUGCAAUACAUUUCUUCCUUCAUGAACCCUCUCUCUGCAAUGACUUACACAGUGCAAUGGGUGGCAUUUUCUGUUGUUUCCAGACAUCUCUCUUACACAUUCAUUCUAUCUGCUGUGUUUGGUAAAGGCUAUACACUGAUUUCCAAUGAAACUAACUGGGAGGGCAUUGGAGGGCCUGCCUGAUUGAGUCUACUUAUGCCCUGCGGAAUCUCUGGCGGGAAAGUUGUCCUGACGCUUCCUGUGUCUGUAUUUCAGGGAGCAGAUCUGAAAGGCUGGACUCCCCAUUGCUUUUCUAAAAAUCUUGGAAACUUUGUCCUUCAUUGAAUUACGACACUGUCCACCUUUAAUUUCCUCAAAAACGCCUGUAACUCGGCUGAAGCCAUGCCUUGUGUUCAGGCGCAGUAUGGGUCCUCGCCUCAAGGAGCCAGCCCCGCUUCUCAGAGCUACAGUUACCACUCUUCGGGAGAAUACAGCUCCGAUUUCUUAACUCCAGAGUUUGUCAAGUUUAGCAUGGACCUCACCAACACUGAAAUCACUGCCACCACUUCUCUCCCCAGCUUCAGUACCUUUAUGGACAACUACAGCACAGGCUACGACGUCAAGCCACCUUGCUUGUACCAAAUGCCCCUGUCCGGACAGCAGUCCUCCAUUAAGGUAGAAGACAUUCAGAUGCACAACUACCAGCAACACAGCCACCUGCCCCCCCAGUCCGAGGAGAUGAUGCCGCACUCCGGGUCGGUUUACUACAAGCCCUCUUCGCCCCCGACGCCCACCACCCCGGGCUUCCAGGUGCAGCACAGCCCCAUGUGGGACGACCCGGGGUCCCUCCACAACUUCCACCAGAACUACGUGGCCACCACGCACAUGAUCGAGCAGAGGAAAACGCCGGUCUCUCGCCUUUCCCUCUUCUCCUUUAAGCAGUCACCCCCGGGUACCCCUGUGUCCAGCUGCCAGAUGCGCUUCGAUGGGCCCCUGCACGUCCCCAUGAACCCGGAGCCGGCGGGCAGUCACCACGUGGUGGACGGGCAGACGUUUGCUGUGCCCAAUCCUAUCCGCAAGCCCGCGUCCAUGGGCUUCCCGGGCUUGCAGAUCGGCCACGCGUCGCAGCUGCUCGACACGCAGGUGCCCUCGCCGCCGUCGCGGGGCUCCCCUUCCAACGAGGGGCUGUGCGCUGUGUGCGGCGACAACGCGGCCUGCCAACACUAUGGCGUGCGCACCUGCGAGGGCUGCAAAGGCUUUUUUAAGCGCACGGUGCAGAAAAACGCAAAAUACGUGUGUUUAGCAAAUAAAAACUGCCCAGUAGACAAGCGGCGCCGGAAUCGCUGUCAGUACUGCCGAUUUCAGAAGUGCCUGGCUGUUGGAAUGGUCAAAGAAGUGGUUCGCACCGACAGUUUAAAAGGCCGGAGAGGUCGUUUGCCCUCGAAACCGAAGAGUCCCCAGGAGCCCUCUCCCCCCUCGCCCCCGGUGAGUCUGAUCAGUGCCCUCGUGAGGGCCCAUGUCGACUCCAACCCGGCUAUGACCAGCCUGGACUAUUCCAGGUUCCAGGCGAACCCUGACUAUCAAAUGAGUGGAGAUGACACCCAGCAUAUCCAGCAAUUCUAUGACCUCCUGACUGGUUCCAUGGAGAUCAUCAGGGGCUGGGCUGAGAAGAUCCCUGGCUUCGCAGACCUGCCCAAAGCAGACCAAGACCUGCUUUUCGAAUCAGCUUUUCUAGAACUGUUUGUUCUGAGAUUAGCUUACAGGUCCAACCCAGUGGAGGGUAAACUCAUCUUUUGCAAUGGGGUGGUCUUGCACAGGUUGCAAUGCGUGCGUGGCUUUGGGGAAUGGAUUGAUUCCAUUGUUGAAUUCUCCUCCAACUUGCAGAAUAUGAACAUCGACAUUUCUGCCUUCUCCUGUAUUGCUGCCCUGGCUAUGGUCACAGAGAGACAUGGGCUCAAGGAACCCAAGAGAGUGGAAGAGUUGCAGAACAAGAUUGUAAAUUGUCUCAAAGACCACGUGACUUUCAAUAACGGGGGGUUGAAUCGCCCCAAUUAUUUGUCCAAACUCUUGGGGAAGCUCCCAGAACUCCGUACCCUUUGCACACAGGGGCUACAACGCAUUUUCUACCUGAAACUGGAAGACUUGGUACCACCACCAGCAAUAAUUGACAAACUUUUCCUGGACACUUUACCUUUCUAAGACCUUCUCCUAUGUACUUCAGCUGAACUGGAAAGAAACCUAUACUGUCCAGAGGGGGAAGGUCACAUGGGCAGAGAUAGUACCCUGGACUGCCUCAGCUCUAGCCAUUCCCACCUCUUCUGCACCCCUCCCACCCCCCCAGCCCUUCGAUCCCUAAAGAAAAAAACAAAAACUGUUGCUAUUUCCUAACCUGCAGGCAGAACCUGAAAGGGCAUUUUGGCUCCGGGGCAUCUGGAUUUAGAACACGGACUACACACAAUACAGUGGUAUAAACUUUUUAUUAUCAGAUAAUUGUUCAGAAGAAAGACUCCUAAUGUAUGAUGGGAAAUCUUUGGCCAUUCUUGGUUAUUGCGGUUAAGACAAACGUAACAUACGUGCACACACACACACAUACAUUAAGGGGACCCACAAAUAUCGCCCUUUAAAAGACUUCAAAGUUUUCUGCUGUAAAGAAAGCUGUAAUAUAUAGUAAAACUAAAUGUUGCGUGGGUGGCAUGAGUUGAAGAAGGCAAAGACUUGUAAAUUUACCCAAUGCAGUUUGGCUUUUUAAAUUAUUUUGUGCCUAUUUAUGAAUAAAUAUGAAAAAUUCUAAAGGAUAAGUGUGUUUGCAAAAAAAUAAAUAAAUACAGAAAAAAGGGACAAGCAUGUUGAUUCUAGGUUGAAAAUGUUAUAGGCACUUGCUACUUCAGUAAUGUCUAUAUUAUAUAAAUAGUAUUUCAGACACUAUGUAGUCUGUUAGAUUUUAUAAAGAUUGGUAGUUAUCUGAGCUUAAACAUUUUCUCAAUUGUAAAAUAGGUGGGCACAAGUAUUACACAUCAGAAAAUCCUGACAAAAGGGACACAUAGUGUUUGUAACACCGUCCAACAUUCCUUGUUUGUAAGUGUUGUAUGUAUUGUUGAUGUUGAUAAAAGAAAGUUUAUAUCUUGAUUAUUUUGUUGUCUAAAGCUAAACAAAACUUGCAUGCAGCAGCUUUUGACUGUUUCCAGAGUGCUUAUAAUACACAUAACUCCCUGGAAAUUACUGAGCACUUUGAAUUUUUUUUGUUUUUUUUUAAAUGUCUAAAAUUGUCAGUUAAUAUAUUAUUUUAUGUUUGAGUAAGAAUUUUAAUAUUGCCAUAUUCUGUAGUAUUUUUCUUUGUAUGUUUCCAGUAUGGCAUAUGAUGAGAGUCACUGCCUUUUUUUUCUAUGGUGUAUGACAGUAGAGAUGCUGAUUUUUUUUUUCUGAUAAAUUCUUUCUUUAAGAAAGACAAUUUUAAUGUUUACAACAAUAAACCAUGUAAAUGAACAGAAUUUUGUCUUCUUUCUGCGUCAGGAAAAAAUGGUGACUAAACAACUAUAAAAUAGACAGAAUUGGAGACUGAUUUGUGAUAGAUCACUUAUUAAACAUCUGAGUUUCAAACUGACAGUCUAGAUCUAUUUGGGCAAAAGGAACAGGGGAAUAGAACUAAUUAUCCAGAGAAUUCAGUACAGUAUUUUUCUUUAACUAGAAUUUUCUAGUCUGGCAACCUACAUUUAUCAGAAUCAAUUGAGAAUAUCACAAGUCUUUCAUUAACUUUGCUAGUAAAUGCUGCUUUCAGAAGAGAAGUUCAGGAGACCAAAAGGCUUUUUCAACUUGUACAAGAUCAGAAGACCAGUCAAGUUUUUGUCUUGCACAGUGUUUAGGAAGUAUCUUUUUAUUACUCAGAAGUCAGGCUUGUUAUAUGUAAUCUCUGAAUUUUCCCAAUCCCUCCAUUUACAACUGUUAAGAAGGAUCUUGGACAAAGAACCAAGCAUGUGGGGCCCUUUAGGCCUUGGAUCAGUGGUCUUUGGCAUACAGCUGAACUCAAGACUCAGUAAAAGCAUUUCUUAGAACUUGCUGUUUUCCUUCUUUAGUGGAUGGUGAUAAAGUGCAAUUUGCAGUUUUAGAAUAAUAUUUCCAUCUUAAAAGCUUCUCAGAUAAAUAAUACAAUAUCCACUGUCAGGUGCUCCUUGUGGUUUAAGAAAAUUAUGACACUGGCAUCUAAAGAUUUCAUUCAGCAGCAACUUCCAGCCAAGAAAGGAAACUGACGCUGUAGAAGCCGCUUACGGUCAGAGCGAGCGCUCAGCGCUCCCGGUCGAGGUCCAGGGAGUUUUGCCUUAGGUCAGCUAUGAAUUCGCAGAGCUGGGGACCAGCUUCACAGCUGACCUGGUGAAUUACAGAUGACCUCUGGGUCACUGAAAUUUACAGAGAGCUUUAUUGUUUUAAAAAUGCAGAGUUAGAGCAGUAAGUUGCCACUAGAGCUCUUGGGUUUCCAUUUUUCCUUUACCUCUUUUCUAAAGACAUGUUUUGGGGAUGGGAGAAAAAAGAGAGAAGGCUCAUCUCCGUGGUUAACUUCAUAUUAUUUUUAUAGGAUGUGUUGUUUCUCUGGGGGUCACUCUGAAGGGCAAUGGAGGUUGGCCACCUAAGAGAUUAAAUAGUAUGCCAAAUGUUCAAUUUCCUGGCUUUCUUGAAAAGAUGAGACUAGCCAUUUUCUUUUAUUUUCACCUCUUCUACCCAACGAAACUGGGUUUACCCAAAGAAAGCCACAAACUAAUAAGCAGAAAGAGGAAGCUCCUUAAAAAUGCUGGGAGUCUACAGAGUCCUAGAGUUGGUCUCCCAGGUGCCUGCAGCCUCGAGACAUUUGCAUUCCGAUUUAGAAUCCCUGAGAAUUGAACCGAGAAACGAACUCGGUUGCCGGUCCUCUCGUAAGGAAGCGGCUGAGCAUCAUCAGAGGUCAAUGGGGCCUCAGGUAGUCAAUCUCCUGAGAGUUUGGGGGGACAGGAGGGAAGGAUGACGCCAGUGUGCAGGCUGUGCCGGGUCGGCGUACACAUUCAGUUGAUUCCCAAGUUGCAAAGUGGCUAUUGCUUUUCCUGCUUCUCAGAGUCGCUCUCCAACCCCCGACUGCACGGAAUUGCGCGAAGGAAAAAGCCUCGACAGGUCUCCGCCGCAUCUUCCAGAGAUCAGCGCAGCUGAGGACGUUUCUUGUCCUUGUCUUUCGAGGAGUAAAGCUCAGGAAAAACAAGACACGCAAAAGCCAGAGUUACAUGGAACUUCCUUAGAAAGAGAUUAAAACUUCAUAAUGGGGGCUUCCUCUGCACCCCCUACUCCCUCCACGUCCUUUUAAUAAUUUUAGUUGUGUAGUUUAUGGUUCCAGCCAUAGAAAAUACAUAAACUUUGUUCCGAAGUCAUGACCAUACGCUUCUCAGCCCUGAGAAGACUUAAGUUCUCGCGGUGUUUUAGACUAACUUUGAGUGGUUACCUAGAAUGUUCUGACUUUAUGGAAUUUUUUUUUUUUUUGACUUUACGGAGAGAGGCUCUUAUUCCCAGCACCGGUGAGCGGCUCUACCACCUGCUCCUUGCCGGGUUUCGCCUCUCGCUGUCUGGGCGAUCGCCUGGGUGCCCCUGUGGCCCUCGCGCGGAGCCUCUGCUUUCAGAGAGAGUUUGAAUCUUUGGUCCUAACUAAAGAGAUAGGCAUGGCCCAGAGAGCUGAUAGCACCCUGCAGUGACAGCUGCACCCAACGACCAUAUGUGUAAUUCUUUCUGGCGCCCAACUCUAUCCCUAGAAAGUUUGGAUGCCCCCCUAAAAUUACUGUUCCUAAAAAGUCUUAGGGGCCAAUAUUUCCCAGUGUGUAAAAAGCCCGACGGAGAUACCAGAUACGGGACUCGUCCUGCCAACUUAAGAACGUCACCUUAAGGUUCAAUUUCGCUUUGCCUAGAGAUUGGUUGUCAGUACGUCGACACGGAUAUCUAGUUAUCUUUUUUUAAAUUAUAUUUUAAAACUAGGCGUCGGCAGUGAAGAAGUACUUCCAAGGUACAAACAAGUCUUCAAGGGAGAAGUUUUUUAAUAUUUUGAUCACACAGUUUUCCGCCAGGCCCUAUGUAGGGAGGCGACCCAGGGCACUUCUCCCAAGCAUCGCUCGAGUCGCGCAUCUUCGCGCCACCAACUACCAGUUCCCGGCUUCGCUGCUCACACACAUCCGUUUCCUUUUUUAUCCGCCACCGCCGCGCGGCAGCGGCAGCGCCGAGGUGGCUGCGGUGAAAGGGUCUGGGUCUCCCAUACCGGGCUUCGCCUCUCUCCAUGGGAGAGGCGCCUA